ACCUCAACUGUCACACUGUCCGUAUCACUUAGCUAUCCCACCAACAGCUCCGUGGCUGACGUCGACCUCGAGUGUCUGACCGCACUAGAAGCAAGGAUGUUCGAGGAUUCCGAAGAAGCAGGACCUGCAGGCAACCAGCAGUGGGGUUUGGAUGCUGGCCAACAUCACAGGCGAUGGAAUGUGUAUCUCGACAUUCCUGAUGAAUGGGUUCCUGGAAGAGGUUAUAGCGAGAGUGAACUUGAAGUAAGGAAGACAUUACCUGCUCCGUUCGAUAGAUAUCUAACUUAUGUGAUUGACAGCACGCCUUAUUCAGUGAUAACUCUGAUGCUGCAUCUUUGGAGUCUGCAGACGAGUUAUCCGAAGCUGUAGUUCCUUCGCUGCCGGCUGAAAAAUGUCCGCCCGUUAAACGUCGAUGUGUUCCACAGGCUCGAAGGGUCCGGAGAGGGAGGAAAAGAAAAUAGGCAUUGGCUUAUGUACCUAGUUGCACAUGUCCCUACGGCAAAUAACAUAACAAAGGAAUGGUCGUAAACUCAUCCAACUUGAUCUGGAAGUAGAAUGUGGAACAUA